AUGCAAAGAGUGUACUAUCACUCUAGAAGACGUGCAAUUGCAAUUGGGAUUGCCGGUGGAUGGUUUCAAUGGACAUCAUACAAGGAUCCGGCAAUUCGGGCAGUAAUUCCGGAUGAAUUUUUUCAAAAUCCGAACAUUUGGCAUGUGAAGCUCCCAUUGGUAAACUAUGCUAUCAUGGAGAUACAACAGUCAGAUAGGGUAUUGCGGCAAUUUGGAUUCCGACAAUCGAUUCCCGUGGAACUUGAGGUGCUCGAUGAUGAGUACAAAGUCGACUUAUGGCUAUUGAAUACGGAUUGCCCGGGACACUGGUCAGAAUAUAUUGAAAUGUGGGAAAAUCGGUAUGACUAUAUACCUACUCGAGAACCGAUCAUCGUUCCUGAGUUAGCAUGCGUGCCGAAAUACAUGCCAUGGUUUAGGAUCCAUGGCAAGUCAUAUUUACUGUCAAAAGAGGAGAGGCGACGAGAAAUUCGUGUGCAAAGGGAACGAUGGGGCCUUUUAAAUCCAAGAAAAAUGAUGACGACGCGGGCCCCUUGGCAGCGCCCACACAAUCACCGGGCCCAUUAA